AUGGCAAAAAACUAUGGAUCACUUGUCAAGGAAGCCAUUGUGCUGCUCGACAAGUAUACCGCUAGCCAACACAUUUCAGACGACUUUACUGAAGAUACUACGAAAGAUCUGCAGGAUCUGGAAGCUCAGGAUAAGGAGUUCCUGAUUGAUGUUGUCUCAGGUUGUAUUGAGCAUAAAAGGUUACUGGACAUUGUCAUCAAUCCCUUCUAUAACCUAGACGCAAGACUCACACUGGGUGUGUUUAUGUUGUUUUCAGUGAUCUGUUACCUCACGAUGUUCCACCUUGAUGACCUUGGACUUCAGGUUUUCAGCAACAUUGUCUGCUCUCUGGACAUUAACAAAAUGCACAGUUUCCUAAGUUUCUUCUUGACAAACCUCACCACUUGGAUACAAGAUGAGUGGAAUCACAUCUAUGAUGGUGAAUAUGUGACGGAACACUGGAUUGGUCCUCUUCUAAGGAGGCGCUCUGAAAUUGAGACUCUCUUGGAGAGGCUUGUAGCUAAAGAGAUGCAGUUACAGAGCAUGCCAGCCAAAACCACUGAGCCAGUGGGAUUCUCUUUUUUAAAACGUAAACCACGUUCUCCACCUCAGCCUAAAUGCAGCCCACUGCUGGAAAAACACAGACCAGUACCAAACAGCACAUACAAGAUUGGAAAAGAGGUUCACAUGAUGGACGAGAUCAAACAAAAGAAUCAUCAAAUGACUGAGGAUCUGCUGCAUGAGGCAACUACGACACCAUUCAGAUGUGCUAAGCCCAAAAUGUCUGACCACACGAAGAGAGUGAUGGCCCAAAUAAAGGAAGAGUUGGACUCAAAACUCAAGUUCAGUGCCGUUCACAAACGUGAACUUUCGCCUGGUAAGAAAAUGUGGCCAGUGAAACUCAACAGUGCCACUAUUCUGCGACAGGGGGCACUACAUGACCGCAUGGUGGAGGAGGAGCGGCAGAGAAUAGAGACUCUGGCGAAGGGAGCAUAUGAGCCCUCUUCUUUUCUUCAAUGGCAAAAAGAAAUGAGUGAAAAAGACCAUCAGGAGAAGUUGGCAAAGAUUGAGCAGAAGCAUGCGGAAGCUCUGAUUAGCCGUUUUGAGACGGCUGUGAGCCGCGCACAAACAAUGGAACAUAGAAAGAAGGUUGCUCUGCUCAAAAAAGAAGAGGAAUCUCAGCUGACUCUGAAACGUGCCCAGAAAAAGUUGCAGGAGGUGAAAGAAAAGCGAGACUUAGUGCAACAAAUGUCAGAGAACUGCAAAAAGAACCCCAAAAACGCUAAAGAGAAGGUGAAGAAGUUCAAACAGAGUGUUGUAAAAGAAAUCUCAGAGCACAAUCAAAAGCUGCUUCUUCAAGCGCAAGAGGAAGCCCAGGCAGAGCUCAAUAGAAAGUUUCACACCGUCAGUGAACUCCAUGCCAUUGAAUGUGCUCCUCCUACUAGAUUAAAAUGUUUUGAUGACACAGAGACUGCAGGCCACAAGCUGCUAGGAGAGAUGUCCCACGCCGAGCUGAAGGAACGUCUGUUCUUCAUGAAGGAAACAGAGAUGAACGAGCAGCAGAAGAAGCGAGAGUGUAUCCUGGAGGAGAUACAGAAAAAGAAGCAACUUUUGUUGGACAACUUCGACACCAUCAACCUCCACAAUAGAGCCUUGGCAAUGGCUGCUACCCUCAGGAAAGAGGAGGAGAAAGAAGCCCAGCUGAGAUUGCGGCAGACUCGAGAGGAGACGUUCGCAGCUCUGCGAAAGAGGCGUGAAGAGGCAAACCAAGACUGUCAAAAACUGAAGCAAAGUGAACGCAACAAGGCCAAACCCUCAAAGCAGGCAUCAUCAUACCCUGGUAGAACCACAGAGACCAACCGCAAAAAGAUAACCUGGGAGGACUUGGAGCAACGCUUAGAGCAGUAUGUCGAGAGGAAAGACCCUCAUGUUGUUACUCAGAGGGGAAGAGACAGUGGUAAACGUGGCUGCAAUCUCAAGCAGCACCUGAAGGCUCAUCAAACUGAUACUCUUUCGAAGAUUUACUUGUGUUGACGUAAAAUGGCACAAAGCAAUGCAGAACUUGUGAAAGAGGCCAUUGACCUGCUGGAUAAAUUUACUGUUGGGGAACAGAGUUUGGACGACUUUAUUGAAGAGGCAGCCAAGGAUCUGCAGAAUAUGGAACCUCAGCAUAUGAAGUUCGUUCUUGAUCUUGUCUCUGGAUGCAUUGAGUACAAGAAGCUACUGGACGUAGUUGUCAAUCCCUUCUACGGCCAGGGUGGAAAACUCAUAUCAAAAAGUUAUCGCAGUCAUUUUGUUGUGAUCUGUUACCUCACCAUAUUCUACUUGGACGAACUUGGACUUCAGGAUUUCAGCAAAAUUGUCAAAUCUCUGGAUAUUAGGAAAAUGCACAAUUUUCUGAGAUUCUUCUUUACAAACCUCACCACUUGGAUACAGGAUGAGUGGAAUCGCAUCUAUGAUAUUGCAUAUGUGAAAGACCACUGGAUUGAUCCUCUGCUAAGAAAGUGCUCUGAUAUCGAGACACUCUUGGAGAAGCUUGCUGCAAAAGAAACUGGAGGGAUGCAGCAACAAAAAGCUCCAUGCUUUCCAUCCAGAACGACUAAACUUGAGGGGUUCACGUUUGUUAAACCUAAACCACCAUCUCCACCUCAGCCUAAGCACAGCCCUGUUGAGGAAAAAUACAAACCGGUACCAAAGAGCACUUACAACACCCCAAAAGAAAUCCAGUUGUUAGAAGAGCUCAAGCAAAGGAACCAUCAAAUGAGUGAGGAGCUACUCCUCAAGGCCAAUAUGACACAGUUCAGAUUUGCAAGUCUGAAAAAGUCUGAUCUCACACAGAAAGUGCUGAACCAGAUCAGUGAAGAGUUGGACUCAAGACUUCAGUUUGACUCACUUCAUGCCACUGAUCCUCCUUCCUUUAAGAACGUCCUUCCUGUCAAACUCAACACUGCAGCUAUGCUGAGGCGGCGAGCUCUAUAUGAUCGCCAUGUGGAAGAAGAGCUGCAGAGAAUAGAGAUUUUGGCGGAGGGGGCGCAUGAGCCCUCGGUCUUGCUUCAGAAGCAGAGAGAAAUUCUUCAGAAAGAACAUCAUGAGAGGUGGGCCAAGAUUAAGCUGAAGCAUGCUGAAGUCAUUCGUAGCCAUUGGCAAGCCACUUUGGCCCGCACACAAGUCAUGGAAAGGAACAAGAAGGCUGCUCAGCUCAAAAAAAUUGAGACAACCAAACGCUGUCAGAAAAAUGUGCAGGAACGUUUGGAAGAAGAAAAAGAAAAGAAAGUCCUGGUGCAAAAAGUGGUAGACGGUCACAAGAACUCCAAAAAAGUUAAAGAGAAGGUGAAGAAAUUGAAACAAAGUGUUGUCAAAGAAUUCUCACAGCACAAUCAUGAGCUUCUCCGUCAAGCACAAGAGGAAGCCCAGGCAGCACUCAGCAGGAGGUUGGACAUUAUCAAUGAAAUGCACACCAUGGAAUGUCUUCGUAACCUUCGAGGGAAAACAUUUGACGAUACGGAGAUUGCAGGGCAUGAGCUGCUAGGAGAGAUGUCCUAUGCUGAGCUGAAGGAGCGGUUGUUCCUCACGAAGGAAGCAGAGAUGAAUGAAAAGCAGAAGAAGCGAGAAUACAUCCAGAAGGAGAAGCAGCGAAAGAAGCAGCUGCUGUUGGAAAAUAUGGACACCAUCAGCCUUCAAAGUAGAGCCAUGGCAAAGGCGGCUGCCAUCAGAAAAGAAGAAGAAAAGCAAGCCAAGCUACGAUUGCAGAGGGCGGCAACUCAGGACAAGAAGGUGUUGACCUUGCAGAAGAAGACUGAAGAGAUGAAGCAAGAGUGCCACAAACUGAGGCAAAGUGAAAGCAGCAAGGUUAAACUACCGAAGCAGGCAGCAGCACACACAAAUGAGACCCACAGAAAAGAUGGGAUGCAGAAGAUAAAUUGGGACGACUUGGAGAAGCGCUUAGAACACUACAUCGAGGGAAAAGACCCUCAUGGAUAAUAAAGUACACAGUUUUGAUUGACACUGAGAUGCUGUCAGAGAGGUAUUUACUUAACAAUAAGUUUAUUAUUGUGGUUCCAAUUUGCAGUGGUGUAAAACUGCAGUAGUUACGUAGAUGAAUAAGGUAGCAAGUAAUUUGGCUGCAUUUUUGAUUGGCCUCUUAUUGUAUGUGAGAUUGUGCAUUAAAGCCUUCUGAUCAAUCCAUACAAUACAACACAAAGGACACAACUACAUAUGAUAUACAAUAUAAUAUAAUUUACUUGGACCAACAUUUUUUGGACACAUUUUAAUCUAACUAUAUUUACAUGGGUUGAGGUUUUGAAACAAAACUAGUACUACUCUAAGGUUUUGUAUGUUGAAUUAUGUAACUAUAAAUAAACCAUGCUUGUGUGUGUGCUUCACAAAGAAAAUAGCUUUUUGGAG